AUGGUAUUGUAUGUGCUGUAUGUGAAAGCAAACCUUGAGAACAUCGAGACACUGACAGCUCCACCUCUGCACCGUUGGUGUUUGGAUGUAAAAGAACCACGUGGCGAUGAGAAACGGGAAGGUGUAUUUGUAUCGGAUGAGGAGGCAGUGGAAGUGGCUGGGGGACGGAGCGAGGCCCACUUUACCUUAAAGUGGCCGGGAGCCAACAAGCCAUCUCAAUUGACAGUAGUACGUGAUGUGAAGAAACUAACUCGUGACGUGACGGGUGCCGACUCGGAUAAUUUUGUACCUUUUGUGGGUUUUGAAUGCCGUGGAUUAGAGCCUUAUGCGUGGCACCCAGAGAGUGGCUACCGCGUCGUGUCUGCGGGAAGUCAUGCCACUUUUGAGGACGUUGAUUUAAGUGAUGAUUGGGUAGAGUAUGAUAGUGAAGGAGCCCAAGUAGUGGGUAUUUACAAUCUUGAGUGGCAGCUUAAGGUACAAAAGUAG